AUGGCGGCGUUGGGCGCCUGGGUUCGGGGGCCCCGUGAGACGUGCUGCGGUGCGGAAGGGCGCCCUGGUGGGACCGUCCAUCCCGUUGCGCCACCCUCCCUCUCGAUCCACCCUUCCCUCUCUCUCCCUUUUCUUUACUUUGCCUUCCCUAGCCAGCACUCCGUGAUGAGCUCGCAAGCCAGAUUCGACAGCGUGGGUCCCGCGACGGGAACUGACGGCGUUGCCCCCCCUCCCCCUCUCUCCGCGGAGGAAACGGUGCCGGUGCGCCCCGUGCACGCCGAGGCGAGGACGCUAUUCAACGCGGCCCCGUUUCUGCGCUACUUCCCCAUUUUUGGCGCCAGUGUGGAGGCCUUCGGGCCAAGGUGCGUGCUGUCAGUGGGUCUGUCAGAGUUUCUCUGCAAGGGUGUCGCCGACUACCUUGUCCGCUUCUCCCUUUACCCCAUGUUCAUGGUGCGCUUCGGCGUUGACGCCAUGACGUACCAGCGCAUGUCCAAUUUGGCAACGAUGGGAUGGUCGAUGAAGCCGCUUGCCGCCAUGUUCAGCGACAUCUUCAGCUUCUUCGGGUACACGAAGCGCUGGUACCUGGCCGUCUCAUGUGUGGUCGGUGCCGCCUUUGCGGUUGCCUUUGGGGUGCUGCCCGCCACGAAGGCCAGCGCGCCGCCAGCAGCGGUCUUCGUCUUCCUGACCUGCUUCACCAAGGCCGCCGUGGACAUCCUGACGCAGGGCCAUUACAGCCGCCUGAUGCGCCGUAUCCCUCACGCAGGCCCGUCGCUGGUGAGCUGGGUGUGGUGGUGGGUGCUCCUGGGCUCCCUUGUCGCCUCCGUCAUCGUCGGGCCGCUCGCAGACGCGAGGCUUGAGUGGGUCGGUGUGAUGGUUGCCGCCGUGCUGCAGUUCUUGGCGACCUUCUUCUUCGUGAUGAACUGGUACGGGGAGAACACGAACCGCUCAAACCGUGCCGAGGACGCCAGGUUUUUGCGUGUGGGGCUGGCGGAGGCGGCGAAGGAUCCCAAUGCAAAGCUGCAAGAAGAUGGCGGCGUGGUGGUUGCGGAGGUGGGCGACCACGCCAUGCUGGGCCUCUCAAAUGAGGUGUGCGUGGACGAGGAGGAGGAGGAGGUGCCGCCGCUGCCCACCUGCUGCUGCGGCGUCUUCGAGGUGAACAAGGAGGUGGCGCGACGCAACUGGAGUAUGGUUGUCUACUGCCUGCUCGUGACGGCGGGCGCAGUCGCGAUGGCCCUCGUCACCCUUUUUGGCAACAUCUGGGCCCUGCUUGGCGCCUGCAUCGCCGUCUCGGUUUUUAUUUGCGGCUUUGGUUUCUUUGCCCUCCCGCUGGUGAUCGCCAAGGCGAAUUUGUAUUCUUUCGUCAGCACGGCAGCGUACAUUCAGCUCCCCGGCGCCCUGGACAGCUUCUACAUGGCCAAGCCUGAUUGUCUCCCCGACGGACCGCACUUCUCGUACUUCUUCUACAACACGGUCGGGAGCAUCAUAGGAACCGUCUGUGGCAUCGCUGGGGUGGUGCUGUUCCGGUACGUGUUCUCGAAGCGGAGCUACCGCGUCACAUUCGUCGUCACCACACUUGUGGCGGUCGUCGCCAGCAUCUUUGACCUCAUCAUUGUGGAGCGCUGGAACCGCCCGCGCGUCAGCGAUCAUGUGGUGUAUGUGCUCGGUGACCAGGUCGUUGCUGGGGUGUGUUACCAUGCUGAACUUCAUGCCAAGCACCAUUCUGCUUUCCCGGCUGUGUCCGCGCGGGACAGAGAGCAUGGUGUACGCGCUGCUUGCCGGGUUCGCAAACUUCGGGCAGGUCGUGUCGAAUACAAUCGGCUCGCUGCUGAUGGAGUUUAA